AUGAGAUAGCGAUGCCAUCAUCUGAAAAUGGAACGGUCGACGCUGCGGAGCUGAAAAGUGCUUACGAAGACUUUUUGACAACGACCACAGCACCUGCAGAUGUGGCAUUAGGUUUUGUCGCGUGCAGUGGGCCUGAGACCCGGAAAGGGUUGGAAAGAGCCUACAGGGCUUCUGCUAUAAACGGCUUUGGCUUUAAGAAUGGAAAGUACAGCGGAUCUGCCUUGUACUCGGGUCUCUCUCUGCUGGAGCAUUCGUGUCUGCCGAAUGCACGCGUUCUUCCUGACGGUGAUUCAGAGGGAGUACUCCUGAUUGCUGCGAGGGACAUCGCUGCCGGCGAGCACGUGACCAUUAACUAUAACUAUGGCGAGGAACCAUUGCCCACCCGGUCCGAGCGCUGGCUUAGAAACGCUCGCAGGGGCUUCGUGUGCCGCUGCGAGUUGUGCGAGGAUCCCACGGAAAGGGGGACUUACUUCAACGCCUGGUACUGCACAACCUGCAAAAGCAAGAAGGUGAAGAGCAUAGUGACCCUAGUCGGCGCAUUCGGCUGGCAAUGCAGGGUAUGCAAGUCGAGCGGUCCGUCUGUUGAUCCAGCUGUACGUGAAUUGGAAGAGUCAUUCAGGUCGCUUCAGGCAUCGAUGGCACUGCACCCUGAUCCUAUCGGGGAAGAUGGCCAGCGCCUCUGGCAGCGGUUCAUCGACGGUGCCCUGUUUCCAAAAGGACCUCUGCACCUGACUAACCACCUGGUGGUCAAGGCCAGGGCCGAGUUGCUAGGACUGGGCGAAAACAGGUAUCCAAAACGACACAGGGAAGCAACAACCCACAAGGAGGGAGGGUACCUGAUUGAGCACUGCAAGAGACUUCUGGACGUUGUAGUUUCUCUCCACCCACCUAUCGAUGGCUACAGGUUUCAGGUCAUAGUGCACCACUUUGGAUACAUCAUGGAUAAAAUAAUGAUGCGGCGUAGACAUGGAGUCCAGAGCAUGCGCAGGACUGCUAAUUGUGCAAUUGAUAAGCUGGAGAAAGAAUUACGUGACCUUCACGCUGAAAUUCGCCACAUUGCAGUUUCCCGAGAUGAACUGAAGACCAUGGAAUUCCUGGAAUUGCAGUCAAAGAAGUUUUUAUAAGUGGACUUUACUCUUUUGUUCUUGUGGAUUAAUAGAUCUACUGUUGAAUUUGUUUUAAUGAAGGAAGGCAGAUGAGUCAUCUGCAAGAAUUUUGUGUAGUUUAAUUCCCAUAAAAGUUGUUGCUUUUGAAAUCGGGGUGGGGUAUUUCUUCUACACCCCACCCCCAUCUGUGGAUUUAAAAUUCUUAAAAUGCAGUUUAUUGGUACAUUAAAAAAAAAUUCUCAAGUAAAGGUAA